CCACAUUGGAUUCGGCCAUUUCAACUCUACCGGCAAACCUCACGGAGAGAGCAGCGGGACCGCGUCCGACAACACCUGAAAGAUGAGCGAAACAGCCAUUUCCUUCGCCAAGGACUUUCUGGCUGGCGGUAUCGCCGCUGCCAUCUCCAAAACAGCUGUAGCCCCCAUCGAGAGAGUGAAACUUCUCCUCCAGGUACAACAUGCCAGCAAACAGAUUACAGCUGAUAAGCAGUACAAGGGCAUCGUCGACUGCGUCACUCGUAUCCCCAAAGAGCAGGGCUUCCUCUCUUUCUGGAGAGGGAAUCUGGCCAAUGUCAUCAGAUACUUCCCCACCCAGGCCCUCAACUUUGCUUUCAAGGACAAGUACAAGAAGGUUUUCCUAGAUGGCGUGGACAAGCACAAACAGUUCUGGAGAUACUUUGCAGGCAACCUGGCAUCCGGCGGCGCCGCUGGGGCCACAUCGCUCUGUUUCGUCUACCCCCUCGACUUCGCCAGAACCCGUCUUGCUGCUGAUGUUGGCAAAGCGGGGCAAGGGCGUGAAUUCAAAGGCCUGGGAGAUUGUUUGGUGAAGAUCUCUAAGUCUGAUGGCAUCAAGGGUCUGUACCAGGGCUUCAGCGUUUCAGUGCAGGGCAUUAUCAUCUACAGAGCUGCUUAUUUUGGCGUGUAUGAUACAGCAAAGGGCAUGCUCCCAGACCCUAAGAACACAACCAUUGUUGUGAGCUGGAUGAUUGCUCAGAGUGUGACUGCCGUCGCUGGUCUUGUGUCCUACCCCUUUGACACAGUCCGUCGACGUAUGAUGAUGCAGUCUGGACGCAAAGGAGCCGACAUCAUGUACACCGGUACCAUUGACUGCUGGAAGAAGAUUGCACGCGAUGAAGGCACCAACGCCUUCUUCAAAGGAGCCUGGUCUAAUGUGCUCAGAGGAAUGGGUGGUGCCUUUGUGCUCGUCUUGUAUGAUGAGCUUAAGAAAGUUAUCUAAGAUGACUUUGUUUAUCCACUGCUCUCAUAUUGUGAAGUUUAACUGUAACAUAUCUUGUACAUUUGGAAGGACUUAAAUGCCGAGUUAUAUAUUUAUAGGGACCAACUAGUAUUUUCUACUAGUUGUACUGGGGGAAUCUGUUAUGCACUCUUCUCUUGGCCCAUACUUUUUUUCCCUUUUUUCUUUUUUUCCUUUUUGUUUUGCCCCACACAAUAAUUUCAUUCCCCAACCACAGGAACCUUGCUGGGAAAAGUUGAAAAAUAAAAAUAAAGGCAACCUACUGAGUGAA